AUGUCUUCAUUCACGGGUCGCGGUGACUCGCAUGCCGGCGUCCUUCAUGAAUAUGCUCCAAGAUUGGUGGCUUUCGAGUUCACCCCACCAUCAGAGGUCAGGAAGAUACACAGCCUGAUCUUCGUAGGAGGCCUGACAGAUGGAUUCAGCACAGUCCCUUAUGUCUCCAAGCUAGCCAAGGCAUUGGAAAACACCGAGUGGUCUGUCUUCUCUAUUCUGCUCUCUUCUUCCUACGGCGGAUGGGGAGUCGGAAGCCUCGAUCGCGAUGUAGAAGAACUCGGUCAAUGCGUCCGAUUCAUUCGCGAUCUUAAAGCCUCACGACAAGCCGGACCUACCGCGGGCUCUGCAAAGAUUGCAAUCAUGGGCCACUCUACGGGUAGCCAAGAUGUCCUUCACUACCUGUAUUCAGCCAACCCCACCUCAGUGGACCAUCUACGUCGCCCUGAGCUUGAUGGUGCCAUUUUGCAGGCUCCUGCGUCAGAUAGAGAGGGUUUACAGGCAAUCAUCGCCAACUCUCCAAACCCUGAUGAGCUCAAGAAAGUGUACAACGACCUUGUGGAAUUUUCUAAGCAGAACGUAUCCACAGAGAAAACUGAUAAUAUUCUCCCGAUGCAUCUCACUUCAAAGCUUUCAUAUCCUGCCGACACACCGCUAAGUGCUCGUCGAUUUUUGAGCUUGGUUAGUCCUGAAAGUCCCGAGCAUCCAUCUGAGGAUGAUCUUUUCAGCUCCGACUUGAGCGAUGAGCGCUUGCAGAAGACGUUUGGAAAGAUCGGCACUCAAGGGACCAUCCAGUCCAAGCUGUUGUUCUUGUAUUCGGGCAAUGACGAAUACUGUCCCCACUGGGUAGACAAAGAGAAACUGUUGCAGAGGUGGCAGCAAGCUACUGAAGCGGGAGGCGGCGCAUGGGAUGCGGAAAACAGCGGCGUGGUCGUCGGAGCCAGCCACAAUGUCAAGGACGAAGGUCAACAAGAUCUUAUUGGUCGAGUUCUACGAUACCUGCACGGCAUCAGCCGCGAGAAAUAG